GCACAGGUCCACAUACCAGCACCAUUGACUUAGCUCUUCAACACAGAGUCGGAGGAACUCACAAACAGGUGAGACGCUCCAGGACAGAGUGUCUGAAAGAAUACAACAACAUCUGCAAGACUGAAAACAACAUGUCAGCUGCUCUUACCACAGGGAGCAGCUCCACUGGAUUCACCACUGGAGCACCGCCCAGUAAAGGCUUCAGUCUUGCUUCUGCUGACAUCGCUGUGGUCGUCAUCUAUUUUAUCUUUGUCAUGGCCGUAGGAAUCUGGUCAUCAGUACGAGCCAAUCGCAGCACUGUAGGGGGCUACUUCUUGGCAGGCCGUUCAAUGACCUGGUGGCCUAUUGGAGCCUCACUGAUGUCCAGUAAUGUCGGCAGCGGUUUGUUCAUUGGUCUAGCUGGAACAGGAGCAGCUGGAGGCAUCGCAGUUGGAGGGUUUGAAUGGAAUGCAGCCUGGGUCCUGGUGGCUCUGGGUUGGAUCUUUAUCCCUGUCUACAUCUCUGCUAGUGUGGUGACCAUGCCUGAAUAUCUGGCCAAACGCUUUGGAGGCCAGAGGAUACGCAUCUACAUGUCUGUGCUCUCACUCAUCCUCUACAUUUUCACCAAAAUAUCUACAGAUAUAUUUUCAGGUGCAUUGUUCAUCCAGGUGUCAAUGGGCUGGGAUCUCUAUGUGUCCACAGUCAUUCUGCUGCUGGUCACCGCUGCCUACACUAUAGCAGGUGGUUUGGCAGCAGUGAUCUACACAGAUGCUCUCCAGACUGUUAUCAUGGUUGGGGGAGCAUUUGCAUUAAUGUUCAUUGCAUUCGAAAAAGUCGGCUGGUACGAGGGACUUGUCGACCGUUACAUGACAGCUGUUCCCUCCGUGACAGUCGCCAACACCACCUGCCACCUGCCUCGUAGUGAUGCCUUCCACAUGUUCAGAAACCCUGUGACAGGGGACGUACCCUGGCCCGGUCUGGUGUUUGGGCUCACAGUGCUGUCUACAUGGGUGUGGUGCACUGAUCAGGUUAUAGUCCAGAGAUCUCUGUCGGCCAAGUCUUUGUCUCAUGCCAAAGGAGGCAGUGUGUUGGGAGGCUACCUCAAACUUCUGCCCAUGUUCUUCAUCGUAAUGCCAGGCAUGAUCAGCCGAGCAUUGUUCCCAGAUGAGAUAGGUUGUGUGGAUCCAGUAGUGUGUCAGAGCGUGUGUGGAGCUUCAGUCGGUUGCUCCAAUAUCGCCUACCCAAAACUAGUGGUAGAGCUAAUGCCUGCGGGUCUUCGCGGUCUGAUGAUAGCAGUGAUGCUAGCAGCUCUGAUGUCAUCUCUGACCUCCAUCUUCAACAGCAGCUCCACUCUGUUCACACUGGACCUCUACCACAGAGCCAGGCCGAAGGCUAAAGAGAUGGAACUCAUGAUUGUUGGAAGGGUGUUCAUCCUGGUCUUGGUGUGUGUCAGUAUUCUGUGGAUUCCAGUCAUCCAAUCAGCCAACAGUGGGCUGCUGUUUGAUUAUAUCCAGUCAGUGACCAGCUGUCUUGCUCCGCCAAUUACAGCUGUAUUCCUCAUGGCUAUCUUCUGGCCACGUGCCAAUGAGCAAGGUGCCUUCUGGGGUCUGAUGUGUGGACUAGUGGUGGGACUGAUCCGCAUGGUUCUGGAGUUCUCCUACAGGGCUCCCUCUUGUGGUCAGCAUGAUCAUCGGCCUGCUAUCCUGGCCGAUGUCCACUACCUGUACUUUGCUCUGAUCCUGCUGGCUCUCACCUGCCUUGUGAUUGCUGCUGUCAGCUUGGCCACUGCCCCAAUACCUAAAGAACAUCUGCACCGGCUGACCUGGUGGUCCAGAUACAGCCAGGAGCCUCGGCUCGACCUCACAGGACCCCCAUUAACUCCAGACCCAGCGGACUCUGAUCACAGCGGCGAGCCUGAGCUUUCGCCAGAUUCCUGGUGGCGGAGAGUUGCUUUGCGGCUCUGUGGUCUGACUGGUCCCAACACUGGCGCUGCACCACCAGUGACUGAAACUAAUGAGCUGAACUCCCUACAGGAGAAUCCUUUCUGGAGAAGAUUCUGCAACAUUAAUGCUCUGCUGCUCCUGACUGUUAAUGUUUUUCUCUGGGGAUACAUGGCUUAAUGCACUCAGGAAAUACUGUACACAAUGUUUCCAAUAAGGUUAGACUGGAGUUUUGGCAUUUGGUCAUGCGUUUGAAAUGAAAGCCUUGGUUCAGUGGAUACUGGUUAAACUUAUCAGUUGCUGUGCUGAAUCUGUAUUCUAUGGAACAACAUACAUAUAUUAUCUAAUAACAUGUUGCACUCUGACUUAACCACUGACAAGGCCUAUGGCUGACUUACUCUGGAAUCACUUUUUAAACACUGCCCUGUCUGAGCGGCACUCGAACACCUAUUCUUACUCACCUCUCAGUGGUGGAGCCACAAUAAAUGGAGAAUUAUGGGAGAAGA